AUGUCUAUGUCUAUGACUAUGAUGUCUUCCUUUGUGCAGGAGCUGGGAAUCCCCUUCCGGUGCCUCUCCACGUCGGAGACAUGCAAGGCCUACAGGGCCUACCAGGCAGCGAAUUUCGAGAUCGGCUGUCAGUAUGAGUCUGUUCAGGCACAGAUCGCUGCACACAAGAGAGUCAAGAGCGAGGGUGAGUCCGAAGAUGUGGAUUUGUUGGUGAUAGGCACACCUUGUGCCCCAUUCAGUUGCAUGCGGGGAAAGCGCUUCCACAAAGAGUCUGUGAACCAGCAUGCAGCUUACGACUUAACUUUCCGACAUAUCUAUGAGGCCGCCCAAACCUUUGAACCAGCUGCACUUGUGAUGGAGCAGUCUGCGGGUUUCCAGUUGAAAGUGCAUUCAGAGACUACAGAGACUCCUCUGAAUACGUUCCUGGACGGCUUCAAGGCGCUCCCUUUCCAGAAAGGCGGCUACUGGAUCAUCAAGCUCGACAUGGACAUGUCAAUCUGGGCGAACAUAUCUCGGAGCAGGCCUGCAAACUCGCAGAGUGCACGGUAA